CUCCUAAGCCAUCCCCAUCACCUGAACUGAAGAAGUCUAGUCGCAGCUUCCUUCAGUUUACCGCUGGUGACUUGAUAGAGCAUCUGACAGUACUCGACUUCUUUUCAACAAAACUGUAAACCGAAAAUUCGUGCCUGAAUAGCUCUUUUUUCUGGUCGCCACCCACAUAUUACGAAUACUGGUCCUUGAGAUAGCAAUACUUCGGGGCGAACCUACACUCUCUCACCCACCGUAAGCAUGACGGACGAUCACCACACCGCCGACCCCAAAUCCCAGCCUAUCGAGCCCGAGGAAGACGCAGACACUGCGGCUGCGCGGAAGGAACUCAAACAAACCGUCAUCUCCGAAAAGACCGCCGGCGCUCCCGCCCAAACCGACCGCACGACACCUGACAGCAGCCAGGAAGAGCUCAUGGACCAGCUUUCGUCUCCAAAGAAGAAACGAGCGCGCGAUCAAGUAGAAGACGACGGGGCACUCGAGGAGGGCGAUUCUAAGAGUGUUGCGUCUUCGGAUUCGGCCAAGGACCGUGCGGCGAGAUUAGAGCCAGAGAAGAAGCGAGCCCGAGAUGAAGUGACUACGGAGACAGAAUCUGCUGAGCCGUCGGCGAAGCCCUCCGACGCUACCGUUACAAUCGAAAAGGAUGACGACAAGACCACCACCGUAGCCGCCGAAAGUAAAGAGAAAGGAAAAGACGGGAGUUCAGAACCCUCCACCUCAGCUUUUGCCAGCUCAGGUUUCGCGAAGCUAGCAUUCUCCACCGCCUCUCCAUUCGGCGCAUUGGGCGGCGCCGCGGGUAAGACGAGCGUCUUCGGAUCACCCGCAGCUUCCGCCUCGCCAUUCGCAUCAUCGGCCUCACCACAAAAGCCCGCCGCUCCGGCACCGAUUCCGACCCUGAGCUUCGGUUCUUCAAGCAGCUCGUCACCCUUCGCGAGCGCCAAGACCGGCGGAAACGGAUUCGGUUCUGUGUUGGGCGGCGGUGGCGGAUUUGGUAGUAGUGCUCUGUCCGGGAAGGCCCUCACGAGCUUUGCCAAGCCUGGAGAAACCUUCAAGAGCGUUAAACCGGCUAAACCGUUUGGGGCUCCGGAAAGCGAUGCCGAAGAGGCCAGCGACGACGGCGAAGAGGGUGAAGACGAGUCCAACAAGUCGGAAGCCGAUGACAAAGAGGGCAAGGAUGAUUCGGACAAGGAAGAGGUUAAAAGAGCCGAAGAGAAGAAGAGGAAACUACACAGAGUGACUGUCGACGAUGGCGAGGCUGGCGAAGCGACUGUUUUGGCGGUUCGAGCCAAGAUCUACUACUUAGACAAGGAAGCCGGCUGGAAGGAACGGGGCUCGGGCAUGCUCAAAAUCAACGUUCCCGAGGCAUGUGUCGAUUUCGAAGACGGUAAUCCGGUUCCAGGAAGUUUUGACGCCUCGUGCAUGGAGGAUGACGAGGAUGGCGAGGACAAGGAUAACGAAGGAGGAACUAAAAAGCGUAAGGUGGUCCGUCUUCUCAUGAGACAGGACAACACGCAUCGCGUGUUGUUGAACACAGUGAUGUUGCCGGCGCAGGUGUUCAAGGAAAAGGCGGGAAUGAAGGCCGUCGGCAUCAUAUUCACCGCGUUUGAAGGGGCAGAGGCCAAGCCUACCAGUGUCCAGGCACGGAUGAGCGCUGCAAGUGCGAAGAGCUUCCUGAAUGAGAUCAGUAUCAUUCAGCGAGAACUAGCUGGAAUGUAAGCUACUACCGCUCACCGGGCUUUAGCGGACACGCCUACUCUCCAAGUUGGUUCCCACACGCGACUGGAGACUGGAGAUACGGGGGCUGGCACGCAAUCGAAGUCUACAAUCGGGGAGUUGUCCGGUAACGAAUGCAAUGGUCUAUGAAAAUACGCACGAGCUGGUGGAGCGAGGGAUCACCUUUUGGGCGGAGGGUUUCUUCGCGUUUUCCGAUCAAGGGGAACUGGGCGACUGGGCAAUGUCUGGCUGUUUGUUGGCUGUCUCCUGACUGUCUUGUACGGAGUUCAGAAUCGCGAGGGAUGGCAGGUCGGUCUGCUUCUGCUUCCUCGUGGUUGGUGUUACUAAUAGGAGCCAUCGAAUGUGUAGCUUACACUUGGGACAUGGACAGUGAGUGCAGCUGUCCGAUCUUCCUGGUGCCAUAUGUAUGGCAGAAAAGCAAGACAGCAUAUACCAUAGCAUCGCAGAAGGCCUGCGGAGUGUAGUCAAUAUAAUCAGAUG